AUGUCUCAUGUUAUUCUUUUGCAUUUAGCGGAUCCUCGAUUCCUGCAGCAGGCCACUCUGCCGAUAGUGAGUCAGGCUCAGUGUAGGCAGUUCUGGGGUAAGAACACAAUCACAGACGCCAUGAUCUGUGCUGGAGCCUCCGGAGCCUCAUCUUGCCAGGGUGAUUCUGGUGGUCCUCUGAUGUGUGAGAGUUCAGGUGUUUGGUACCAAGUGGGCAUCGUGUCCUGGGGCCACAAAUCCUGCAGCACUGACAGUCCAGUCGCAUACACCCGGGUCUCUUACUUUCGGAAAUGGAUCGAUGAAAUCAUUCGAAUGAACUAA